CUCUCCUCCCUCCCCAGUUAGUUCAGACUUGCUGUAAUGUUUUGCUGUUCCCUCUCCUGGACAGGCUCCAGCGGGCGGGGCGGCUCCGGGGAGGGAGAGAGGGAGGGAGGGACCGUGUGAGUGAGGCAGGGAGAGGGAAAGGGAGGCAGCGGACCGGGAGCCUGUCACCGGCGGCACGGGGGGACAGACGGAGUCGGGGCGGCGUCCGGCCGCGGGGAACCCGGAGCCCAUCGUCUGGGGACGGAGCGGGAUGAAGUUCCGCGGAGGCCCGGCCGGGGCCCAGGGAGGCGAGCGAGCACGUCUGGCGAUGGAGGGGGCUCUGACCGCCCGGGACCGUGUUGGGGUGCAGGACUUCGUCCUGUUGGAGAGUUUCACCAGCGAGGCGGCAUUCAUCGAGAACCUGCGCAAACGCUUCAAAGAGAGCCUGAUCUAUACGUACAUCGGCUCGGUGCUGGUGUCGGUGAACCCGUACCGGGAGCUGGAGAUCUACACCAAGCAGCACAUGGAGCGAUACCGAGGCGUCAACUUCUAUGAAGUCUCCCCCCACAUCUACGCCAUAUCGGACAACUCAUACCGCUCGAUGCGAUCAGAGGGUAAGGACCAGUGCAUCCUGAUCUCCGGGGAGAGCGGAGCCGGGAAGACAGAGGCCUCCAAGAAGAUCCUGCAGUAUUACGCGGUGACGUGUCCCAGCAGUGCCAGGGUGGAGACAGUGCGAGACCGACUGCUCCAGUCCAACCCCGUGUUGGAGGCGUUCGGGAAUGCAAAGACUCUCCGCAAUGACAACUCCAGCCGGUUCGGCAAAUACAUGGACAUCCAGUUCGACUUCAGGGGAGCCCCGGUGGGAGGUCACAUCCUGAACUACCUGCUGGAGAAGUCCCGGGUCGUUCACCAAAACCACGGCGAGAGGAACUUCCACAUCUUCUACCAGGUGAUCGAGGGAGGCAACAACGACCUUCUGCAAAGGCUGGGCUUGGAGCGCAACCCACAGAGCUACCAGUACCUCAUCAAGGGUCACUGUGCCAAGGUCAGCUCCAUCAGUGACAAGAACGACUGGAAGACUGUGCACCGAGCACUGUCCAUCAUCGAUUUCAGCAGCAGUGACAUCGAGGAGCUGCUGAGUGUGGUGGCCAGCGUCCUUCACCUGGGAAACCUGCAGUGUUUGGCAGACGACGACGGCAAUGCCUCCAUUAACGGCGAAAAUCAGAUCCGCCUGCUGUCCCGGCUGCUGGGUGUUCCCGGCCCAACUCUACGGGAGGCCCUGAUCCACAGGAAGAUCACCGCCAAGGGAGAGGAGCUGAUCAGCCCCCUGAACGUUGAGCAGGCGGCUUACGCACGAGACGCUCUGGCAAAGGCUAUCUACGGUCGGACCUUCUCCUGGCUGGUCAACAAGAUCAACGAGUCCCUCGCUCACAAGGACUCCACAUAUUCCGAGAACUACCGACCCAAUGUCAUCGGGCUGCUGGACAUCUACGGGUUUGAGGUGUUCCAGAACAACAGCUUUGAGCAGUUCUGCAUCAAUUAUUGCAACGAGAAGCUGCAGCAACUCUUCAUUGAACUGACGCUGAAGUCUGAGCAGGAGGAGUACGAGUCGGAGGGAAUUGCGUGGGAACCUGUUCCGUAUUUUAACAACAAAAUCAUCUGUGAUCUGGUCGAGGAGAAGCACAAGGGCAUCAUCUCCAUCCUGGAUGAAGAGUGUUUGAGACCUGGUGAUGCGACGGAUUUAACCUUCCUGGAGAAGCUGGAGGAGACAGUGGGAACCCACCCUCACUUCAUGACACACAAGCUGGCAGAUCAGAAGACUCGGAAGAGCCUGGGCAGGGAGGAGUUCCGCCUGUUGCACUAUGCGGGCGAGGUGAAUUACAACGUGACAGGAUUCCUCGACAAGAACAACGACCUCCUGUUCAGGAAUCUGAAGGAGGCCAUGUGUGAGUCCGGGAACCGCAUCGUCAGUCAGUGCUUCCAGCCUGCCAGCCCAGAGGACAAGAAGAGGCCGGAGACGGCCGCAACGCAGUUUAAGAACAGCCUGGCCCAGCUGAUGGAGAUCCUGAUGUCCAAAGACCCGUCGUACGUGCGAUGCAUCAAACCCAACGACGCCAAACAAUCAGGCAGGUUUGAUGAAGUGCUGAUCAGGCACCAGGUCAAGUACCUCGGACUGAUGGAAAACCUUCGUGUGCGCAGAGCUGGGUUCGCAUACCGGAGAAGGUUCGAGAUCUUCCUGCAGAGGUACAAGUCCCUGUGCCCUCAGACGUGGCCCAACUGGAGAGGUCAGCCUGCUGACGGGGUGGCUACACUAGUGCAACACCUGGGCUACAAGCCAGAAGAUUACAAACUGGGCAGGACGAAGAUAUUCAUUCGUUUUCCCAAGACCCUCUUUGCCACAGAAGAUGCCUUUCAGCUACAGAAGAACACGAUUGCCACGAAGAUCCAGGCGGAAUGGCGUGGCUUCCACCAGCGGCAGAAGUACCAGAAGCUGCGCUCUUCGGCGAUCACCAUCCAGUCCUGGUGGAGAGGGGAGAUGGGGCGCCGCGUGGCAACUCGCAGAAGGAACGCUGCACACACGAUCCGCAGGUUUAUCAAGGGUUUUAUCCACCGACACAAACCUCGCUGUCCAGAGAAUGCGUAUUUCGUGGAUUAUGUCAGAUACGCCUUCCUGAUGAAUUUGAAACGCAAUUUGCCAAAGAAUGUUCUGGAUAAGUCCUGGCCGGUGCCUCCCCCUGCGCUGUCUGAGGCCUCGGAGCUGCUGAGGGAGCUGCACAUGAAGAACAUGGUGCAGAUGUACUGCAGGAGGAUCACGCCGGAGUGGAAGCAGCAGCUGGAGCAGAAGGUGGUGGCCAGCGCACUGUUCAAGGACAAGAAGGACAACUACCCACAGAGCGUGCCCAAACUCUUCAUCAGCUCCCGCAUCUCAACAAACGAGAUCAACUCGAAGGUGCUGCAGGUGAUCGAGAGCGACAGGAUCAAGUACGCGGUGGCGGUGACAAAGUACGAUCGGAAUGGUUACCGAGCUCGGCCUCGCCAGCUGUUGAUCACUGCCAGCUGUGCCUUCCUGGUGGAGGAAGCCAAAGUCAAACAGACCAUCGACUACUCCAACCUCAAAGGAAUAUCGGUCAGUUCCCUCAGUGAUGGGCUCUUUGUCCUACACGUUCCCUGCGAAGACAACCGGCAGAAGGGUGACGUGGUGCUGCGGAGCGAUCACGUGAUCGAGACGCUGACCAAACUCGCCAUGGAGUCGGACAAGGUGAACAGUGUCAACAUCAACCAGGGGAGCAUUAAAUUCACCAUUAAACAGGGCAAGGAGGGAAUCAUCGACUUCACGUCAGGGUCCGAGCUGAUCAUCUCCAAAGCAAAGAACGGCCACCUGUCUGUGGUGGCUCCACGACUCAACUCCAGAUGAUGGGGGGGUGAGGACAGCGAUGGCCACCCCACACGCAGACGGUUUGAAGAUGUACACCGAUGAACGGCUGCGUUCCACGGAAAGGAGCCUGAGAGUUUAUUGGUGAGACAUUUGAGUCGCUGGCCGUCACCACAACCCUACACCCUCUGUGCUCUCAAUGACUGCCAAAGUCUCUGCUUCCUGCUGGGAACACCCGUUUCCAGGUUCUACAUUAAUCACGCAAAAUAAAUUUAAUGGAAGUUUAUAUUAAAAAAAUAUUUGCCAUUAUCAAGGACUCACUAAAUUUAAUCACACUCCUGCCUCUGUGCACACAUGGUGCUUAAAGCAAUACACAGUAUAAUCUCUCUCUGCCAAAGCCACGGUGCUUCACACUGGCUCAGCCCUGCUCUGCACUUGGAGAGAAGGCAGCGGAGAGCGGGGUCAGAGGUCGGGGUGCUCCCUCGCUCCCUCUCUCCGACAUGACCCCCACCACUGGUGUGUGAAGCGGUUUGUGUGCUGGGCAGGGGGGUGGGGAGCUGGUCCACUCCAGGGGUUCUGUAUCUGCUGGUGAGGGAGCACAGAGGUUGGGGCACCAAGGGUUUUGGUUGCUCAGUGCUGUUGUACAGCAGCCAGGGGCUGAGGGAGGGGGGUCCUGCCACACUUGCUGACUGCCCCACCAUGGGCAUGGGGUGGCCUGCUGGUUCUCAGCAGGGGGUCCACCCUGGCUGCCACCCCAGGACAGGGGGACGUCCUGUUAACGGACACUCCUCCACAGUAGCACUGUCACUGUGGGGAAUAACGGCUCCCACCACCACUGGGGGAACAGUGGGCUCGAUUGGCUGGGUCUCUCCACAGUCUCAGUACCCUCAGCUCUCACAACACAACCCUUCCCCACCCCCUGGGGCAGGCAGUCAGCGACCCACCCCCUGGGGCAGGCAGUCAGUGACCCUCCCCACCCCCUAGGGUGGGCAGUCAAUGACCCUUCCCACCACCAUGGGUAGGAGAGUUAAUAGGAUGUUGGCCUUUCCUGUGGGUGGGGGUGGGGUGGGCUGCUGUGACUGAAGGGGUCUCAGUGAGGCUGCACUGCAGGAGGGGGCAGACGUCUGGUGUCCCCAUUCACAUCAGGGUCAGACGUCUGGUCUACCCUCCCCCCCACCCCACCCGACCCACAACAGGAUGCAGAUGUCUGGUCUACCCCCCUGCCCCACAACAGGGUGCAGAUGUCUGGUCUACCCCCACCGGCUGGGUCCUGGGCUGCUGGCUUUUUACAAGGAGACUGGGCCCAGAUGUUCGGAAGAACGAGAGGAGAUCUCCCGCGAUUCUGGCUGGAUGGAGGCAGGGAGGGUGUUGGUCCUGGGUGCGGGUCUGGGACCAGGAAGAAAGUGAGAUAGGAGACCAGCCAAGAGGGGGCCAAAUGGCCUGAUCCUGCUUGCCCUUGGGAACAGUGAAUGCCCCAGUAACCCAGCCCCACACAUGGUACUGGGGUGUGAGGGGUCUGGGCCAAGGCACCCGAGGGUGGGGGUGCUGCCUUCAGUGUCCGAGCCUGCAACAGAAUCCCAGCCCGAGGCUGGAGCCAAAGUCUCAGAGCGACCAGUGUGCAGCAGGAGAAAUUCUAAACACAAUAUACGUUGGACUUAAAGAUUGUAAUAAUCUUUGUAUGAAUUGAUGUGUCAAACUUGGUUUCAAUAAAAAAAUAUUUUCCAGAA